AUGGCCGAGGCCGAGGACACAGGAAAUGGCGCUGUCACUAGCGGUGGCGAGGGGCAGCACGACACACUGAAAUACUCGCUUCUCGGGCCUUCUCUGCUCAAGGCCGGCCAGGACUCUGUCGAUCAGUCCAAGAUAUCUGAAAUCAUCUACAAUGCGUCCAAGGGGUCCAAGUAUUUCGCUCGUGAGGCGGAGCGGGACCAGAUCCUGACGGAGAAGAUCGAACGCAUCAACCAGAAGAAGGUGCACCUAGACACACUAGACCUGUCACGGGAUGUCCGAGUCGCCGAUUCCUGGAUCGCAGAGCGCGAGCUGUGCCGGGACCUGAGCCAGUACAUUGUCCACGUCGACGCCGACGCAUUUUACGCCGCCUGCGAGCUGCUGGAUCGGCCCGAGCUGGCCGACGUGCCCUUCGCCGUGGGCGGCGGCGUCCUGACGACGUGCAACUAUGUCGCCCGCAAGUUCGGCAUCCGCUCGGGCAUGGCCGGCUUCGUCGCCAAGAAGAUAUGCCCGGAGCUGGUGCUCUUGAAGCUCAACUUUGACAAGUACAACGCCAAGGCCGCCGAGGUGCGCGAGGUGCUGGCCGAGUACGACGCCCGGUUCGAGAGCGCGAGCAUCGACGAGGCCUACCUCAACAUCACGCAGUAUUGCGCGGACCACGGCAUGGGCCCAGCCGAUGUCGUGCAGCAGAUGCGCGCCGAGGUCCACCGGCGGACCAGCAUCACCGUCUCGGCCGGCAUCGCGGCCAACGCGAAGCUGGCCAAGAUCUGCUCAAACAUGAACAAGCCCAACGGCCAGUUCGUCCUCCCCAACGAGCGCCCGGCCAUCAUGGAAUUCAUGGGCAGCCUCCCUUGCCGCAAGGUCAACGGCAUCGGCAGAGUGCUGGAGCGGGAGCUCGCAGCCAUCGGCGUCGUUACCUGUGGCGACGUCUACCCGGAGCGCAAGUACCUGACCAAGCUCUUUGGCGAGAAGGCCUUCAGGUUCCUGGUCGACUGCUACCUCGGGCUUGGCAGGACCAUCAUCCGGCCCGCCGAGGAGUACGAACGGAAAAGCGUCGGCACGGAGAGCACCUUCUCCGAUAUCAGCGGCGGCCAGAAGCUUCGGGAGAAGAUGCGGUGGACCGCCGGGGAGCUCGAGAAGGACAUGAAAAAGGCCGAAUGCAGGGGGCGGACCCUGGUCUUGAAGGUCAAGCUCGCCACGUUCGAGGUUCUCACCCGGCAGGUCAUCCUCCCGAGAUCCAUCCAGCUUGCCGACGACCUCUACAAGUUUGCGCUGCCGAUGCUCGCCAAGCUGGAGAAGGAGUUUCCCCGCCUCACCUGUCGCCUCCUCGGGCUGCGCUGCACCAACCUUGUCAGCACCAAAAAGCCAGACACCAUGUCAUUCUUCGGCCUCAAACCAAAUCGAGCCGAUUCCGCCCAUGGAGAGCGGCAGCACAGCCCCUCUGGCCCGGGCGGCUUCGGCGAUGCCUCUCUGGUCGGGGACGACGGCUGGGAGCAAUGGCCUGCCGAGGAACUUGAUACGCCUGACCCAGAUCAGCAGAGGCCGGAGCUACAAGAGGCGAGCCCGUCUCGCAGGCACGGAAAAGAGAUAGCCCCAAACCCCACACCAGCACUCAAACAGCCUCCACCCGCGGAGGAGUGGUGGGACUGUCCGAUAUGUGGCCGUCCGCAGAGCCCGAACGACAAAGAGUUCAACGAGCAUAUCGAUGCGUGUUUGUCGAGACAAGCAAUACGAGACACGGUCCAACAAGAGACGCGAGAACGGUCCGCAAGCGAGGUCCCGGCGCCGGAGCCCAAACGUGCCAAGUCUCUCACCGAACGGAAACGCACAAGAGGCGGCUCGGCUGACCCGAGGCAGAAGCGCCUAUGUUUUGGAUGA